AUGAUUCGUAUAUUAGGUAGUGGGCGAAUUGGCCUGCGGCCUUUAUUGCGGUCAUGGAAACAGGAGUUUACAUUUGGCGGGAUUCAGCCUCUGCGGCAGGGGUCAUUUCAGCAACGUGCGUUGCUGCAUUGGAGUGCACCAAGGAGGGCUGAAGAUGGUAAAGAUGACAAAGGCGAGGCUAAGGAUAAUAACCAGAAAGAUAAUCGAAAAGACGGCCAGAAGGAUGGCGGGGAAUAUCAGAAUUUUUCGGACUAUUUCAAGUCGCCGCAAUUUGCGCGUAGUCUAUACUUGACAGUGGGGUUGACAUUUUUCACCCAUAUGCUUGGCACAUUAUGGCAAGGAAACGAGGAGCAAGAGGUGAUGACGCUCCAGGAAUUUAAAACGCAGUAUCUGGAAAAGGGUCUUGUUAAGCAACUAUUUGUGGUAAAUAAGCAGAUGGUUCAGGCGGAGCUGCUUCCGCAGGCGAAUGUGAGAAACGACUGGUCACGUGGGAUGGAUUUUGCAAACCGUAGUCCAACAGUGGCGUUUACUAUUGGUUCGGUUGAUGUGUUUGAGCAGGAGCUUGAACGUACUCAGGAUAGACUAGGAAUCCCCCCGGAAGAGAGGUUGCCAGUGACCUAUGUGGAUCAAGUUUCUCCGCUCCAGUAUCUGUACCCGUUCGGGCCUACUUUAAUUAUUUUAGGUGCCUUAAUGUACAUGACAAAGCGCGCAAGGAAGGCAGGUGGGCCUGGAGGCAUGGGCCCAAACUCUUCGGGGAUUUUCAAUGUCGGCAAAUCCCGUGCUAAGUUAUUUAAUAAGGAGACUGAUGUGAAAGUAAAAUUUAAAGAUGUAGCAGGAUGUGAUGAAGCAAAGGUUGAAGUUAUGGAGUUUGUUGAUUUCCUCAAGAAUCCUGAAAAAUUCAAGGCUUUGGGUGCAAGGAUUCCAAGAGGAGCUAUAUUAUCAGGCCCUCCGGGUACCGGUAAGACUCUUUUAGCAAAGGCCACAGCGGGAGAAGCAAACGUGCCAUUUUUAAGUGUUUCAGGGUCUGAGUUUGUUGAGAUGUUCGUCGGUGUAGGUGCUUCAAGGGUUCGUGAUCUCUUUAAUAGUGCCAGAUCAUUUGCACCUGCUAUUAUCUUCGUCGACGAAAUUGAUGCUAUUGGUAAAAGUCGUGGCAAGGGUGGUGCAAUGGGUACUUCAAACGAUGAAAGAGAAUCAACGCUCAACCAACUUUUAGUUGAAAUGGAUGGGUUUACCUCUAGCGAUCAGAUUAUUGUGUUGGCAGGUACAAAUAGGCCAGAUGUUCUUGAUUCGGCUUUGUUACGUCCUGGUCGGUUCGAUAGACAUAUUCAACUUGACGCUCCAGAUGUUGAAGGUAGGAAGGCUAUCUACAAGGUGCAUUUAGCUAAAUUGAACUUGGAACCUUCACUUCGCGAUGCAAAGAAACUUGAUGUAUUUGCCGGUAAGCUUGCAGCCUUGACUCCAGGGUUUUCUGGUGCUGAUAUAGCCAACGCAUGUAAUGAAUCAGCCCUAAUAGCUGCCAGGCAUUCUGAUUCAUACGUGGAAUUUCACCACUUUGAAAAAGCAAUCGAGAGAUCUAUCGCUGGUUUGGAAAGGAAGUCUAAAGUCCUUUCCCCAGAAGAAAAGAAAACUGUUGCGUAUCAUGAAGCUGGGCAUGCAAUAUGUGGUUGGUUCUUGGAAUUCGCAGAUCCUUUAUUGAAAGUUUCCAUCAUACCUCGUGGUUCAAGUGCUUUGGGGUAUGCACAGUAUUUACCUCCUGAUCAGUAUUUGAUUUCUUCAGAACAAUUGAGGCAUAAAAUGAUUAUGGCUCUUGGUGGAAGAGUUUCUGAAGAACUUCACUUCCCCUAUGUUACAAGUGGUGCCCAAGAUGACUUCAAGAAGGUUACUGCCAUGGCACAGACAAUGGUAACUUCGCUAGGUAUGUCCAAGGAUAUCGGAUAUAUAAGUUAUGAACAAUCGGACACAAGUGUGCAAUUCAAUAAACCAUUCAGUGAGAAAACAGCUAGGCGGAUUGACUUAGAAGUUAAAAGACUUGUUGACGAGGCUCACGCCGUCUGUAAAGAGUUACUAACCAAUAACCUGGAUAAAGUCGAUAAGCUAGCAAAACGUCUUCUAGAAAAGGAGGUUCUGACCAGAAACGAUAUCGUUGAACUGCUGGGGCCCAGACCGUUCCCUGAAAAAAGUGAUACUUUCGAGAAAUACCUUGAUCGCAAAAACUAA